AUGUUUCAUGAGUUUCUAUAAGAGUUAGGCACAUUAAAAAAUGCAGAACUUCCUUUCCCUUUCCGUAACUAAUUCAAAAUAAAGGAGAAUUUCAUUAAUCCUAAUAGUAAACAUUUCGAAUCCAUAGCCUAAAAGUUUAGAAAUCAUUAAUAUUGUUUUAGAUUAUUAUCUGAAGAGAAGGCUGGAAUUAAACGUAAAUGGGACAAACAAUGCAAAAUGAUGUUUAUUUGGAUAUUAGGUAAGUUCUUUUAACUCAAAAACAAAAAGACCAUAAAUCCAAACUAAGAGGAAUGGAUCUAAUUAGCAUCUAUACUUUAGAUUGAUGAAACUACACUUAAAUAAAGAUGGAUUACUUUGAUCAAUCCAGUUUCCAAAAGUAUCAACUGGGAUCCAGAGGAAGAUGAAAUCAUUAAAUCACUUAUGCAGUGAGUUUAUACCUAUAAUUUAGUGAGUAAGAUGAAAAACAUAUAUGGACACAUAUAGCACUUGAAUUAUAUAAUCAAAAUAAUGGACAAUUCAUUAGAACACCCAAAUAAGUUAGAGAAAGAUGGAUGAAUUACUUGAAUCCAAAACUUAAAAAGUAUCCUCACUUAUUAAAUACAAUAGAACUAAUUGGAGUCAGUAAGAAGAUCUUCAAUUAUUAAACACAGUAGUCAAAAAUGGCAAGAGAUGGUCCCUUAUAUCCACUUUGCUUGAAGGCAGGACCGAGAACUAAGUCAAAAAUAGGUAUAAAUCUACACAAUAAUCCUAUAGAUUCAAAAGUUUAAUAUAGAAAAUAUAUAAGGAUGAAGAAGAUGACGAUAUUGAAGAACUCUAGGCUAUCAAAGAAUACUUAAAUAAAUAAAACAUAGAAGAGGAAUAAGAACCUCAAAAAGAAGAACCUUAAGUUCGAACUCAAUAUUCAAGAUAAGCAAAAUUAAAAUUUAAUCUGAGAGAGAAGAAAAAAGAAUUAAUUCAAGAACCUCCUGUAAUAGUUCCUUAAGAACCCUAAACCAAAAGGAGGAAAAUAAGUUCUCAGAUUAAGGAUUUCCUAAACAUAGGCCCAGACCCUAUCGUUUAAUAAUCAUAAAAAAUAUAAUAAACUCAAAAGACAAAACAUAAGGAACAUAAAUCUAAAUAAUAAAUCUAAUAAUAAUAACAAUAACAAUAACAACAAUAAUAAAAUACAAGAUAAUAAUUAGAAUAAAUUAUUAAUAAAUAAAAUGAUGAUUAAUUAUUGGAUCAAUCAGCUUUCCAACUAGAUUAAUAGCAAAAAAUCCUUUCACAAUAAUACUAAAUACCCUAAUUAUCAUUAAAUGAAAACAACAAGAGAGACUUAUCCACGCCAAACACCUUAUCUUAUUAUUUUUAACCAUAACUCCAAUAAUUGGAAGAAUUGAAGAAUGAUCAAUUCAGAUUAAAAUAAGUAUAAAUGUCUCCUGUUCAAUAAUAAUAAAAUCAAGUACUUUAUUAAGGUUUUCGACCAUAUCAAGAGGAAAUUCCUUAAUAAAUCUAAUAGACUCCUGUUUAAAUGUUAAUGGGACAAUAUUUUAAGAAUUAUCCAUAAAAUUAUAAUCUUAUAUCCCCAUUUCAAUAAAUCAACUAAACACCUAUGGUUUACACACCUGCACAGCCAAUGUAUAUGUACAAUAACAACAACAAUGCCUAUAUGGGUAUGUCGCCCUUACUCAUUCGAAGUCCAUACCAAGAGAUGUCUCCAAGUGUUUAGCCUUAAUAAGCACCUCUAUAGUAGUAGUAGUAGAAUUUAUGGUAAACUCCACAAUAGAGUACUAUUGAAUAGAUGUAAUGCGAUUAGUUAAAGCAAUAAUAGUUUUUACAAUUAAAUAGUAAUUAGAAUACAAAUUUGGAAUUUCUAAAAACUAGCAAUUUACUUAAUACAUGGAUGUAAAAAAGAACUAAUGAAAAAUAAAAUCAACCAUUUUAAGACUCAUUACCAUAACUUGAUUAAUGA